GAGAUUUUACAUGUAUAAUCGCAGAUGUAGUGGGGGAAUUAAAGAACAAACAUGUUGCCUGUGUGCCCUCUAAAGAUGAUAACACCAAAUCUCACAUAAGAUUCCAAUUAACUGAUGGGAGGUCUACGGUUUAUGUGACUUUCUUUAAUGAACUAGCUCAAGAAUUUGAGAAGCGCCUCCAACAGAUUGAGGAAUCCAACAUCUAUGUCAUUAUCUCAAGUGCAAAAGUAAAUGAGUAUGAAGGCCUCCCAAGUUUGAAUAACUACCCAGCCACUCGAUUCUUCCUUAAUAUCGAUCACUAUAGUGUCAAACAACUGAAAGCUAGAAUGCUUGAAAUUCCUAACAGUGACAAACUUGAAGAAGUUGUAGCUGAACCAAUCAGUCCUAUGCUUUCUAUCGCAGAUAUCAAACAAUUGUCUCAUGAAUAUGCCAAGCGCAAAAUUCGGUGCCAAAUAACUGUAAAAAAGGUUGAUGUCAACACAAACUGGUACGAUAAUGUUUGCACAACCUGUGGAGAUGAGGUGCAGCUCCAAGAAGGGAGGUUCAGAUGUGAAAAAUGUGUUCGGAACAUACCUUUCCCAGACAAAAGGUUUAGACUAGCUACUAUAUGCAAUGAUGAAACUGGAGUGCUAGCAAUUCUUCUGCCCGAUGAUGAGAUACAACGUAUUCUUGGAAAAAAUGCAUUUGAUAUUGAGUACGAUGAAAAUGAAGUAUCAGCUGAGAUUACCUUCCCACCAUCACUUAAAUCAUUUGAAAAGAAGCAGUUUGUGGUUACAUUACUCAUAACUGACCAAAAUGUGAAGAAAACAUGCAGCGUCUACAAUGCUAUAGAGUUGAAUGACCCUGUUGAAGUUUUGGGCAACCACAGCCCAUUAAAAAAACAGGAUAUAACAUCAGACCCUAUUUCCGAAACCAUGGUGGUAGAUCGUACUCCAGAUACAUCCAGUAGUCCGCCAACUGGGAAGUCUACCACAAAAGUCAGAAGUAGGACAACAGAUGGAGAAGCAUCAGAUUCCAUGUACGAAAAUGUCCCUCUUGCAAAAUUCAAAAUAGUCAAAACUGAGAAGAAGUGAAAGGACUACUGUAGCACCUUCUAUUUUGAGCUGAAGACAACUUUUGUUUAAGCUACACAGAACUUUUGGACAUCUAAAUUGUUUCUUUUGCUUGCUGCUACCUCCUGUCAUCCAAAUAUGGGAUUGUUUUUAAUUACUCACUGCUUAAAAACUAUUAAGAUGUUACCUCUUUCAUGUAUGACUUUACAGCUAUUGACUGGCCUGUUUGUUGCAACUGGAAAUCUGUUUUCCAGUUUGUCAUUUUGUUGCAUGAGAUUAA